AGAGGGUAGCGCAGCCUCAGUUUGAAGUCUCCAGUCUGUCUCUUCUCUCCAGGAUUGUUGUUAUUUACCCUCCUGCCUGGCGUUUUCCCUUCACCUUUGCAUCACUGCCCAGGGUAUUUGGCUCUGCAGAAGGCACCCCUCUUCUCUUUCCGUCCUCUCUUUUCUUUUUUUGCUUUCUGGCUCUGCGGUGAAGAGCAUCUUUGCAUGCGUGAGACAGCAGACGAGCGAGGAUGCGGAUACCAGCGGCUGCCUGCAGCUGCCACAACCCCGUGGGCUGCUGAUCUUAAACACUGCCGCUGGGGGAUUGGGUGUAUGAGAAGAUGCUAAUGGCGAGGGACAGCAGUCGAGACGAGACCCAGAAGCUUCAUAAGAAAUGGCUGAAGCACCAGGCUUUUAUGGCCGAGUUGGCCCAGAAUAAGGAAUGGCUGGACAAAAUUGAAAAGGAGGGCCAGCAACUGAUCCAGGAGAAGCCGGAGCUGAGCCCGGUGGUGCGGAAGAAGCUGGAGGAGAUCAGGGAGUGCUGGCAGGAUCUGGAGAGCACCACUCAGGCAAAAGCCCGCCAGCUUUUUGAAGCCAACAAGGCCGACCUGCUGGUGCAGAGUUACGAAAGCCUCGACCAGAGACUGGGCCAGCUCGAGGGUCAACUGGCCUACGUCGACCAGGGACAGGACCUGACCACCGUCAACAAGCAGCUCAAAAAACUGCACACCCUGGAGACCCAGAUGGAGGAAUGGUAUCAGGAGGUAGGGCAGCUUCAGGUGCAGGCAUCCUCCAUCCCGCAGCAGACGCAGGUCAAGGAGACGGUUGCGGAGCGACAGGCCGCCGUGGAGGCCAGGAUGGUGCGUUUGAUCGAGCCGCUGAAGGAGAGGCGACGCAUCCUGCUGGCGUCCAAGGAAGUUCAUCAAGUUGGGCGAGACCUGGAGGAUGAGAUUUUGUGGGUCCAGGAACGCCUCCCGAUGGCCAUGUCUCAGGAGCACGGCUCUACUCUGCAGGCUGUCCAGCAGCUAAUGAAGAAGAACCAGAAUCUUCAGAGGGAGCUGCAGAGCCACAGGAGCAGAAUUGAUGAUGUUCUGGAGAGGGCGGGGAUCAUUGGCUCCAUACGCAGCCCUGAGGCAGACUGCAUCAGGGCAGGUCACGACCAGCUGUCCCAGCUGUGGGCUCUGCUUUGGGCCGAGACUGAGAGGAGGCAGCUGGUCCUGGAUGCCAUGUACCAGGCCCAGCAGUACUACUUCGAUACGGCCGAGGUCGAGGCCUGGCUGAGUGAGCAGGAGUUGCACAUGAUGAAUGAGGAGAAGGGAAAGGACGAGCAGAGCACGCUGCAGCUGCUGAAGAAGCAUUUGGUCCUAGAACAGACCAUCGAAGACUACGCUGAGACCAUCGGCCUGCUUUCACAGCAGUGCCGGCAGCUGCUGGAGAUGGGACAUCCAGACUGCGAACAGAUCAGCAAGCGUCAGUCACAGAUAGACCGUCUGUACGUGUCUCUGAAGGACCUGGUGGAGGAGAGGAAGAGCCGUCUGGAGCAGCAGUACUGGCUGUACCAGCUCAACAGGGAGGUGGAUGAGUUGGAGCAGUGGAUCGCUCAGAGGGAGGUGGUCGCCAGCUCGCCUGAACUGGGUCAAGACUAUGAGCAUGUCACAGUCUUACAGGAGAAGUUUACAGAGUUUGCGUCAGAAACGGGCAGCGUGGGCCAGGAGCGAGUGACAGCCGUCAAUCAGAUGGUGGAUGAGCUCAUCGACUACGGCCACUCAGAAGCAGCCACCAUCGCCGAAUGGAAGGACGGAGUGAACGAAGCCUGGGCCGACCUGCUGGAGCUCAUGGAGACCCGCGGUCAGAUGCUCGCUGCUUCACACCAGCUGCACAAGUUCUUCUUCGACUGCAGAGAGGUUUUAGCCCAGAUUGAUGACAAACAUCGAAGGUUGCCAGAGGUUCGGGCUCGGCAGGGCAGCACUUCCAACACCAGCACCCUGCAGAGACUCCUGCACACCUUCGAGCAGGACAUUCAGCUGCUUGUCACACAGGUGCGUCAGCUGCAAGAGAGCGCAGCCCAGCUGAGGACGGUGUACGCUGGCGAGAAGGUCGAAGCCAUCGCGUGCCGUGAGCACGAAGUGAUGCAGUGCUGGAAAGAGCUGCUAACGUCCUGCGAAGAGUGUCGUGUGCAGAUCACCACAGAGACUGACAAGCUGAGGUUCUUCGGCAUGGUCCGAGAUCAGAUCAUGUGGAUGGACUCGAUCAUCUGUCAGAUAGGGACAGGAGAGAAGCCCAGGGACGUGUCCUCGGUAGAGGUGCUGAUGAACUAUCACCAGAGUCUUAAGAGUGAAGUAGAAGCUCGCAGUCAGAGCAUCCUGGAGUGUAUUGAAAUGGGAAAAACCCUGCUGGCGGCUAGAAACCCUGCAGCUGAAGAGAUCAAAGAGAAGCUGGACAAAGUGAUCGCUAAGGAGCGUGAGCUGUCUGAGAAGUGGGACAAGCACUGGGAAGUCCUGCAGCAAUUGUUGGAGGUUCACCAGUUUGCCCAGGAGGCGGUGGUGGCAGAGGCAUGGCUGACUGCUCAGGAGCCGUUUAUCAACAGCAACGAGCUUGGAGGGAGCGUAGAUGAGGUGGAACAGCUGAUUCGUCGACAUGAAGCCUUCCGCAAAGCAGCUGCCACCUGGGAAGAGCGAUUCAGCUCACUGCGGCGGCUCACCACGGUAGAAAAGCUAAAAGCAGAGCAAAGUAAACUGCCCCCAACUCCCCUCCUGGGUCGUAAAGUCUUCCUGGAUCCCCAAGAUGCCUCACAUAGUCCACCCACUCUCCCCCGCCUCCCAGUCUCCCCCGUCAUGAGGCAGACUAUAUAUGAACAGAACGAAGCCAGCUCCCCUCCGUCUCCCUCGCCAGCCACCCCAACGCCUUCUCCGUCAUCUGCAGCUCGGCGCCUGGGAUCAACAGUCGCCAACUACACCCCUGUGAUGAACGGUUCCAGCUACCGAAACACUCUGGAUGUCCGGGAUGGAGGCGUAGUGGGUGUGGCUGCAGGUCUAGGCCGCCCGGCUGCAUCCUCGAUUGCAUCUAUAGCCACAGCAGCGAUGCUAGUGUCAGCCAACCAGGCACGAGAAAGUGCCAGCACAGCAAGGGAACAGACAGCAAAGGUGAUGAGUCACCUGCAUCCGGCACAAGCGGCGAGGGAAAUUGAGGCAAAAUCCUCCCCGUAUCUCCGGCAACCCAAAAUCAAACACUUAGAUGAUGCUGUGACGCCUCUGAUUGUGGCCAGCCGGCUGGAGAAGGCAAGAGAGCGGGGGAGGGAGAGAGAUAUGAUGAUGGGGACAGAGAGAGCAGAGGUAGCAGUGAUGGCCGAGGUGGUGCUUCAGGAGCCGAGCCGGGAGCGUCUGCACAGCGAGCCCACCAGAGGGCCUCGAGGAUCCAGGACUGACCCUUUGGGCCACGCUGAGCCUCAGGGCCAGACGCACACUUAUCACCACAGGAUAGAACGGCAGCUGUCCAGCGAGCAGCUAAUCCAGGCGCGCAGGGAUGAGCUGCCUCAAGAGGUGUGGAGGGAACACGCUGGGAGGCGGGAGAGACGGACGUUGGAGAGGCAAACUUCCAGCGAACAAGAAGGUCACGGGGGCCACGAGGGCCGGCGGAGAGAGAGGGACAGGCACCGGCUGGAGAGACAGGAAUCCAGUGAGCACGACACAGGGAAGGAGCAAUCGGACAGACGCUCAGCAGGAGGAGACAAGAGGUCCACCAUGGCAGAGAUCGUAGAGCAGCUACAAGAAAGAGAAGCAGCGCAGGCCCGCGGUGAGGUGCCCCGACUGCCUAACGGGAUACCAGAAAAGUCUUCCCGUCCCGACCGCCCUCGAGCUCGGGACAGACCCAAACCACGACGCCGGCCACGACCCAAAGAGCCCGGGGAAACGACGCGGCGGUCCAGAUCUGCACCAGCCCAGAGCGGCCCGAUCGUCCCCCAACCGCCCACGCAUACGGCACACCACGAGGGCUUCCUUUUCCGCAAGCUGGACAUCGAGAGCCUGAAGAAGAGCACCAAUAGCAGAUCAUGGGUCAACCUGUACUGCGUGCUGAAUAAAGGGGAGCUGGGUUUCUACAAGGACGCCAAGAACACCACGACGCCCUACAACAACGAGCCGCUGCUCAACCUCUCCCACUGCCACUGCGACGUCACCAAUGGCUACAAGAAGAAGAAGAACGUCUUCACGCUCAAGUAAUCGGCUGUUUUCACACUCACAUGUACUGCAGACAGGCACUUUCAUGC